AUGGAAGUGCAGCAGUGCACCUACAUGAAUAAGAUCUGCCGGGGCUGCUACAAUGCCAGACUUCCCAUCAUGGCAAAGGUGAAGACCAGGAUUCGAGCGCAGGGUGGUCUUGAGGAGCUUCAGCCUUCCUUGAAGAUGCGCAAGGAGUACGAAGCUGCUCAUGACGCGGACCUUCUCAAGAAUCGACCGGCAAAGAUCGAUGGCUUGCAAAAUGCUGCCGCCUCGCAUCUGAAUGGUCAGGUCUGCAGGCUGGUGGCUAAGGAUGCUGAGACCUUGCGGUGGACUGUGGAGCUUGUCAGUGGAGAGCAGAAGUCCAUCAAGGAGGUCAACUUAACUGCAUCGAAG